UCCGCCUCGACGACGACGACGACGAUGACAGCAGCGACUCUGGACCUGCUCCACGACGUGGUGGAGUACCGCCUUACGAAGCGCGACAUCGCGUCCGUGCUCGAGCUCAACGACGGCAACGUCGCGCGCACGAUCGACGAGCUCCUCUCGAUGCUCAAGAUCCAGGACAUGGAGCGCAAGGGGUCGAUCGAUGCCACCGCCGAUGUGGUUGCCGCCGACUCGAAGCUGCAGUGGGACCUCUUCUUGGCAGAGAUGGGCACGCAUGGCCUGGACGAGGCCACGUGCACGGACCUCCUGCAAGCGCUUCAAGAUACGUGCGGCGGGGACCACGUUGCGUCGUCGACCAUUGUGCACGAACUCCUCGCUGCGAUGGACGAUGCGCCCGAGGAAGAAGACCACCCGAUUGCAGUUCUCCAAGACCAAUUCCCGCAUGUUCGCAGCGACCUCAUUCAGGAAAUCUUUGAGCAAAACGAGUACGACGUUGCCGCGACGACCAACGCGUUGUCGGAAACGGGCCACUUGCUCAACGCCAACGGCAGCCUCGAGACGUACAGCUAUGCGUCGAUGGCCAAGGGCCCAGCGCACAAGUCGAAGACGGGUGCCAAGAGCUUUCCCUCGCUCCAGUCCCGUCGCAGCUCUAAGCGCCGAGUCGUGCAGUGGGGCAAGCAUGCGCCCAGGAAUGCGUGGGAGACCAACGACCAGGCGCUGCCGACCGGCACGCCCGGAUCGCUCUCGACCAAGCUCAAGCUCGAGUACCUCCAGAAGCGUCUCCCGAACGUUGAUGCGGACAUUCUAUGCACGGCUCUGCUGCUCAACAAUGCCAACUUGGAGACGACCGAGGCGAUUGUGUCGUCGAUCUUCAACAUACCGCUCGAGUCGGCGCCGAGUUCCAACCAAGACGAACAACCACCAAAGUACCACCCGCCACGGCACCGAACUCGCGACGACGCGCCAGACGGCUUUGUGCAGUACCAAGCACGAACGGAAGCGCUCAUUGAAGCGUUGCAGCAGACGCACUCGGCCGCGGUGCGCUCCUUUGCGGGCGGCAAGCUCAACCACCACUUGGGUCGAGACAAAAUGCAACGCGUCUCGUCGCUGCGGCGGGAGCUCCAGAUCACGCGCGAGCAAGCCGCGUACGCCUUCUUUGACGAAAACAAAUAUCUCGUCAAGGCCGGCGGGACCGUCGACAUGCACGGGCUCUUCCUGCAGGAAGCGCUGCAUGUGCUCGACUAUUGCUUGGAUUUCGCCAAGAAGAACCGUGUACGCAAGUUUAUGGUCGUCACGGGUGUCGGCAACCACGCCACCAAGCCCGGCAAGAUGUUCAACAGUAUUGACGCAUCACUCGCGCGUCGGGGCGUCAAGUACACCAAGGGCCCGGGCCAUUUUGUCAUCCAGCCUUUUUAUCAAACCACCUAGUGAGAGAGGCACACACAAUGGUUCGUGUUUAGGCUACAUUCAUCGAUACAUUUAUAAACCAUUCCUCUGACAUGGAAUGAUCCUAUUGUGGCGG